AUGGUGAACCCGGUGAUCCGCCAGAUCCGUCUGGCCAUGGUCCUCAUCGACGGUGGAAGCGCCCUCAACAUCAUCUUCGCCAAGACCCUCGAAGACAUGGGCUUCGACAUGACCAAGCUGGUACCCUCGGACCAGGCCUUCUACGGCAUCAUCCUGGGUGCUGGCUCGACUCCAGUCGGCACGGUCACCCUCCCGGUCACCUUUGGCACUCGGGAAAACUACAGAACCGAGUCCAUCAUCUUUGAGGUGGCACCAUUUGAGACUUCCUACCAUGCCAUACUUGGGAGACCAGCUCUCGCCAAGUUCAUGUCAAUUCCAAACCACACGUAUCUUCUCUUGAAGAUGCCGGCUCCGAACGGAGUCCUCUCCAUCCGCGGCGACAUCUAG